AGCGCGACCCCGGUGCGUGUUUGUCGUUUUUGGGUCCCGCUGCAUCAAUUACUGAAACGAAACGCCUGCGCUUUCUUAGACGAGGGCGAAAUUCAGGUUGUCAUUCACCAGUACCUGCAAUCGUUGAGUAAAAUAAAAUUUAGAUUAAUGGCUAUAAUUCCACGCCCUCCACCCAACCCCCCCUCCCUCAACAAAUGACCUGCUUCUAUGUAGGCAAUAUUGAAAGCACGUCUUUCGUGGGAGGGGAGAGGGUUGUCGUUAUGGUUUGUUUUCAUUUUCCAUAUAUUAUGACCACCGUGCGCUUUAACGCAGCUUACCAAUAACACAACACUACUGCUACUAUUUAAGUGGGUUGAAUGAACGACCUCGCUGACUCCGACAACCCCCCCUCUCUUUGAUUAAUUUACCCGGAGGGUGAUCUUGGUGCCACUUGGCACCUACACGCCAGUUCGUUCGGAGCACAGAUGCUGUCGUGCACAGCACAUCCAGGCUACAAACAAAAUUUCUGAUAUUUUAAAGGCAGAUUUUAUUUAGAGGCGGUGCUUGCUGGCUUCAGGGUAGCGUCGUAACGACACUUUUUUUUUCUACCCCAGUCAAAAGUGUUUGACCAGGAGCAGAGUUGGAACCGGGGGUGGACUGGACUUGGGGGGUGAUAACUGCUUUUUGCAGGGUUUUUCCUCUUUUAUUUUUUUCUUUUAUUUUGUAUUUUUUUCCUAUUUCGUCCUCUAGAUUUUUCUUCCCGUCUUAUUUCAUAUCGGGAUUCCCUUUUGGAUCAUGAACAAACUAUACAUCGGGAAUCUGAGCCCUUCGGUCACCGUUGAGGACUUGAAGCAGCUCUUUGGUGAAAGAAAGCUUCCCUUAGCCGACCAGGUCCUGCUAAAAUCCGGCUAUGCCUUCGUUGAUUUCCCCGACCAAAACUGGGCCAUUAAAGCCAUCGAGACUUUGUCAGGAAAAGUUGAAUUACACGGCAAGGUGAUUGAGGUAGACUACUCUGUUCCGAAAAAACAAAGGAGCCGCAAGAUCCAGAUCCGGAACAUUCCCCCUCACCUGCAGUGGGAGGUUUUGGACAGCCUGUUAGCGCAGUACGGAUCUGUGGAGAACGUGGAACAAGUUAACACUGACACGGAGACCGCCGUGGUGAAUGUCACCUACUCCACCAAGGAGGAGGCCAAGGCGGCUAUCGAGAAGCUGACGGGCCACCAGUUUGAGGACUACUCCUUCCGGGUGUCGUAUAUCCUGGACGCGGAUGCGGCGCCUCCCCUGCCGGCGGCGGCCCCCCGAGGCUCGCGCACACGCAGUGGCGGCCGCUCGUCGCGAGACCAGAAUGCCCAGCAGUCGAGCCCGUCGGGAGGAUCCGGGGGGACCCGGCUCAAGCAGCACGACUUUCCACUGCGCAUUCUGGUGCCCACGCAGUACGUCGGCGCCAUCAUUGGCAAGGAGGGCCUCACCAUUAAGAACGUCACCAAGCAGACGCAGUCCAAGGUGGACAUCCACCGGAAGGAGAAUGCCGGGGCUGCAGAGAAGCCCAUUACCAUCCACUCAACCCCGGAAGGCUGUUCCUCCGCCUGCCGCAUGAUCCUGGACAUCAUGCAGAAAGAAGCCAAUGAAACCAAGGCAGCUGAAGAGAUCCCUCUGAAGAUCCUGGCCCACAACAGCCUGGUGGGGAGGCUGAUCGGCAAAGAGGGCCGCCACCUGAAGAAGAUCGAGCUGGAGACAGGGACCAAAAUCACCAUCUCCUCUUUACAGGAUCUAACCAUCUACAACCCUGAGCGGACCAUCACGGUGAAGGGUGAUAUCGAGGCAUGCUGCAAGGCCGAGGCGGACAUCAUGAAGAAGCUGAGGGAGGCCUACGACAACGACAUUGCUGCUGUAAACCAACAAGCCAGCCUGAUCCCCGGGCUCAACCUGAACGCCUUGGGCAUCUUCUCCUCAGGCCUGUCGGUGCUCCCAUCGGCAACCAGCCCUCGUGGUGCGGCGCCGCUGCCCCCUGCUGGCUACAGCCCCUUUUUAAGUCACUCGUCACACCUGGGUGGUCUGUAUGGGGUCCCUACUGGCAGCACCAUAUCCCACCAGCACUUAGCUCCUGAACAGGAGGUAGUCUACCUCUUUAUUCCAACUCAGGCUGUCGGCGCACUCAUCGGCAAAAAAGGCCAGCACAUCAAGCAGCUGGCACGCUUUGCCGGUGCCUCCAUCAAGAUCGCGCCUGCAGAGAGUCCUGAUGUCACAGAGCGAAUGGUCAUCAUAACUGGGCCGCCUGAAGCCCAGUUCAAGGCUCAAGGUAGGAUAUUCGGGAAGCUGAAGGAGGAAAACUUCUUCACGGCAAAAGAAGAGGUCAAAUUGGAGACUCAUAUUAAGGUUCCCUCAUCUGCUGCAGGAAGGGUCAUCGGGAAGGGUGGCAAAACGGUCAACGAGCUACAGAAUCUCACGAGCGCUGAGGUCAUAGUGCCACGGGACCAAACUCCUGACGAGAAGGAUGAGGUCUUCGUGAAGAUUAUUGGGCAUUUCUUUGCCAGUCAGACUGCACAGCGAAAGAUCAGGGAGAUUAUACAGCAGGUGAAACAACAGGAGCAAAAGCACCAGCAGGGAGCGCCCACACCGAACCCCUCCAAGUGACCACCAGGGCGGCGCCAGCGAGCAUCAGCCAACGAAUGUAGCCCUUCCAACCUGAGAGAGACAGAGGAGGCGAGGCGGAUGGGAACGGAUGAGGCAGAGCAGCAGCGUGGGGAACCAAACCAAAGAACUUCACUGGGGGAAAUGUAACCCAAAGCAAAUCCAGCACAGAGCGGACGGGAUACUAGGAUACUACGACGAACAUGUUAAACCGAAUAUUGCAUUUCUAAAACACAUAGGGUAGAAAGAGGUUUCUAUUUUUUAUUUUUUAUGGCAGAGUCAAGGGCACCAUCAGUCUUUCUGGUUAAAUAUGAAAAAAAUUGUUGCCCUGUAGUAACACCAUCCCUUUAGUUGGACUAACAUACAGUAAACCUAGCGAAGAAGCGGUAUUAAUGAACAUGUACACUGACAUGUAGCGGCAGAGGUUGUCGUUUCGGGGCACGGGCAGUGUUGGGUUGGGGUUAAGGAGCACAUUUCUGCAGUUUCGCCAUUGAGAUCGCAUGUGUCCGUAUCCUUAGCAGUAUUAGUAGUGUAUUAGUCACAAUAAAAUGUGAGCUAUGAGGAUAACAGGAGUUACCUUUGAGUAGCUGGAGUCCGGCUGUGUAGACUCGGCGUGCAGCUCGUUGGCGUGAACGGGGGGGGGCUCGAUGGGCUGUCCGUGUGUUGGAGCAGCAAGAGGGGGAGGAACGGAAUCGACUAAGCGGGAUGUCGCAGCAGGUCGUCCCGAGUAUGCGACUCGGCCCGCGUGUGCGUGUGCGUGUGUGCGCACGUGUGCCAACACGGGGGACAGCGUCCCUAACAAACACUCAGACGAGUGCGUGGCGCUGUGCCCCAAUCACUCUGCUUGCUUCUUUAGUGUCGCUGUUUUGUUCUCAUACAAGCUUAAUAAUUUCGAAAGCAAUCAGUUCGACUAAUUCCGUGAGAAUUUCUAGAAUUUCAAAAAGACUUUUUUCUUAAAUUAGACGGUACCAGUCACACACAUGUAAACACACACAUAUAUACAUAUAUAUUUAUGUAUGUAUAUAUCAUUAUAUUUCUUGUCGAGUGAAAGCGGUUUAUUGGAAGCAGAUUCCAGACUGGCUCCAUGAAGGGGACGGAAUGCAAGUCUGCCCACCCCUGAAAGCUAUACAUUUCCAUCUGUUUGUCUCAGAAGUUAGUCCUGAACUGAUUGUGCCACAUCUUCUACAUUACUGCCCUCGCUGCGUAGUGUGAUUCAGCGUUGGAGCACCAUGUUCACGGGGGGGAGGGGAGGGGCGCAUGUGAAGGUGUCCGGCUUUAAAAUCGGGGUUGGGGUGAGGGUGUGACAGCUGUGAAUGUAUAAUAUGCAGCCUUUUCAGAGCGGUCCCUGCCUGCCAUGUCCGGUGAUCUGAUUGGCCAGCAGGGCGGCGCUCUUGCUCUUAGUUACGUUUUGCCUGAUCAGCUGGCUUGGUGUCUCGCUGGACACCCAGGUUAAUGGAUUAUUCUCUUAAUUUUUCUUUUUGUGCCCUCGCUGAUGUCUGGUAACCCUGCGGCCUUAAUUGUAAAUCUGUCCUGGGGAGCUUUGCCCAUCUCCCAGCUUCGGUUUCCCUGAAUCGCGCAGGCCCUCUGGCCUCUGUGUGUCUGCAUAUGUAUAUGUAUAUACAUACAUAUAUAUGAGAGAGAGAGAGAUAUUUAUGAAUCUAUUUUUUCGAAGUUUGAGAAGAGAACAAGUAACAAAUUUUUUUUAUGAUGUGUGGUAGAACACUGCCAUAUUAUAUUGAAGGGACAUUGUUUUUAUUUUGUUUUUUUUUUUUCGUGAAAACUAUGAAAAAUGCUAAAGUAAGCAAUGAAUUGCGAACAAGGGUAGCCUCAAGCGAAUGGCGGGGUUCCUCUAAGGCAGUAUGUGGAUCGUACGCACGUCAGUAUUUGUGAUCUACCUCAGGCACCUGGUACCUCAGCCCAUUCUUUAACCCCCCCCCCCCCACCAGAAUUUGUAUGCCUUGUAAUGCUGAUAAUUUUAAGCAUUUUUUUAUUUUUCUAAAUAAAGAACGUUGGGGGGGGAAAAGAAUGUCUAAAACUUUCAAAUCUAAUCCCACAGUUGGGGAGGGUUGGAUUGAACACGUGAUUCUCGCCCCCACCCUGUCUCACUCAUACAUCAGUUACGGUUGUCAUUAAAGAAAGACCCUGAUAGAUUGGAAUGAUUGGGAUCGAAGGGGUACAUGCCCGCCAGAAGUGCUUCUAAAAGACUGUGCGCUGAUGUCAUAAACCGGGAAAACUCUGCUUUAAGAACCACGUAUAACAUGCAUUUGUACCACUAGACUGCAAACACCAGGCCUUUCCUGCAAACAGUGCUAAAUGACCAACGUGAGCAAGACCCAUCCUGCUCUUCUAGUUACGUUUCAGAUGCUGUGUGCUUAUGAUAGGAUUAAUGUAUGAAAACGGUACCUAAACACACAGGUAGGACCCUAAACAGUGUGUGAUGUUCUUGCCUUCAUUGCAUUUUUUUAGUUUCUUUUUCGGCUGAUCCGUUGGCUGCCAACGUGUAUGAGGAACUGACCUUUAUCUCUGUAAACUUGUACUAUAGACUCACUAACGCGUCGAUCUGUUUUGUCUGUAGCCCAGCUACUGCUGUUUUGCUCCAGCUUUAUGGGGAGAGGGAGUGGGAUCUUUCCAGUGGCCUCUUCUGUGCCGGAGAUAUUCAGUUCUUGACCUCUGACACAGAGGUGUCAUUCUCGAGCUCCCACACUACUGUUCGACCGACCUCUCAGAAUCCACAGCUGGCGUACUUAAGAGACUUAACCAUUUGUAGGGCGAAAUGCCAAGUUUAGAAAAGAAGGAGGUGGGAUCUGAUUUUCCUGGUGUCCCACUGUGUGGAGUCCACUUUGUUGUAAAUAGGUGAACCAAGAGAUGCUCUGGUCAGUUGUCUGCAAUGGUGGGGAUUUGCCUCCAUCCUGUGAUAGAAUCUGCCUUCCGUAAAUCUCGGGUCCCUCUGCUUUUAUGAAGAAGCAUUUCGAAUGGGAGGUGGGGGGGGGGGACAUGGUGAAUAAAGGCUCUCACUUCUGAUCAAUCGCUCCUCGCCGAUUUUACCAUUUCGGUUUCAUGCGAGAAACCUCAUUGGCUAUGCAAGCUCUCUCGUAAGUUCUGGUUUUCCAUUCAAAAUGUUUGGGGUGGGGUGGGGGGACGAUUGGGGAGGGGGGGACAUCUCUGAAGACCAUCAUCCCAAGGCAGGGGUGAACCACGAUGCACCGAGGGACGGGGCAUCAUUUGUCUUUUACCACAACCCUGAUGCUGCUCUCCUUUCAGAUGGACGUGACGCCUCUGUAUCCUGUGAGCACUUAACAUUUGUGUCUUUUGACCCUGACUUGGACACAUUGGCUGUAAAACUCUCCCACCUCUAGUUUCUGGGGAUGUCAGAGUUUUGGGGACAAAAACUCUGUUAAAGCUGCUUUUGUGUAUCAAGGCCACCUGGCUGGAGGGGGUGGGGGCCUCCAGUAGGCUCAACCUUCUGAUGCCAACAUCUCCGGGUCGCUGCGGCUCCUCUCCUUUGGUUACAGAAAUUCUGUACAUUUUUUCCCUGCUGGUUCUUCAACCAGAUAACAUGGAGGGGCAGCCUCGGGGCCAGUGGCCCCCUCCAGCGGCGUUCGGAGAGAGGAGUUGGUGCUGUUUCAUCGUGAGACUUGGAGCAGAGUGUCACGUGCCCCCGUGGGCCGACAUCGGCUGAAGAUGUCUGACUUCUUGCAGACAGUUGUUUAGCUGUUUUGGAGCUCAUUCCAGUGUGAGUAAGAGGGCUCGUGGGUCAACGUAGCGCUCCUGAGAAAUCGCACCGGGGCGAUUUGUCCGUUUAAGACGAGAUUGUCGACACUAUGAACAAACAUCGCGAUUGACUUUUCUCUUAUGAUUUAACUUUUUUUUUUUUUUAAAACCCUUUCCACAGUUUCUGAUUAUUGUUUAAAAUAAAUGUUUUUUUUUGUCAGUACAGGCUAUCCACCAGGAGUAUCUGAGAUGCUAUCUUGGAUACAUGCGGAAUCCUUUGGGUAGUGUGUUGGUUUCCUGGUUAAGCAAUCAUUUAUGUCUUUGGUAGUCGUAUAUUGUAGCAUGAAGGGAAAGUAGCAGUUCUCUCUCUCUGUUUUUAUUUCCCCAAAGUAUUUAAUUUGAACACCUGAAGAAGUGUCCAGGCUGUGGGGUGAGGGGGUGUAUUUUCAGUGUCUGAAAGUUGUAGCAGAUAGAGUCCCAAAUGCAGGUGCGCGUGUGUGGAUUGAGGUUGGACUUGGGACUGGGAUGGUUGUCAAAACAGGAGGCAGAUGGUCAAGAAAGAUUUGGGGUCAGGUGGCUGUAUGCAUAUGAUCUUCCUUACUUUUGUAAGAGCCUGUACACCGAAGACCCCCCCCGCGCCAUAUGCAUGUGACCAACACAGCCACACCUCGUUACUGACUGCUUAGAGGUUUCUUGGUCAGUCACUUAAUCACAGACAAAGGGGGCGGGGGUCCUCAAAAUACCUGGAUUCCUGUACCUCAGUCCCCCCUCCCCCCCCAAGACACUGGUAGCUGACCUGAGCAUGUCCCGGUCGCUGUGAUGGGAAGCUGUCCUGUGCUCGUUUGGUGUCGUGGAGGGCUGUUAAGCAUGGGGGCCAAGUGCAGACGUGCUCUUACUGGGGGGGGUGUAAUUGGGGCUGGAGACUACCUCCCCCACCCCGUCUCAGAGACUGUCCAAGCAUGAGGCCACCCAAUCAAGUUUUUUCCCUAUUUUACUAUGAAAAUGAAGUGAGGAGAAUUGAACCUGCAUGAAGUGUCCGGUUGUAAAUGAUGUGUCUCCUUCCACACGCAUUAUCCUAGAUUAGGCGGGUCCACCUGCGGACGGACGAUUUCACCACUGGAGUUUUGUCGUUCGUUCGGUUUUAUUUCAUUAAUUUUUAAAAACCAGAAUAUCCCAGUUCACCACUUAAGUGCCACCUGGGCUAUAAUUCGAUGAGUUAGUGCUGUAUUGAGGGUUGAUCCAUGACGACUUUUUUUUUUUUUUAAACUGGGUGAACUGUACUGCCGACCAACCUGGACAUGAGCAAUAAAGAAAGUCUUCAAAAAGA